AUGACGUUUCACCUGUCUGGCUCGUGGUUAAUAUCGCCUGAAUCGGACAAUCAAGCGCAUGGUCUUAAAGAUCAAACAACGGUGAUUGCCACCAUAACAUUCCCCAGUACGGCCAAGAAAUCCGCAUAUUCAGAGCUCGCAAAGCACCCUACGCUUUUCUACUCAGCCAACUCGUUCUGCUGCCAACCUUGGAAGUCACAAGACCCAACACCUGAUCUUUCAUCAGCAUCGCCAGUCUAA